UUUUUGCCAUGGAAUUGACCAAAAUGUCAGACAUGACAAAGCUUCAUCAAGCUGUGGCUGCAGGAGACUACAAUGUAGUGAAAAAGAUUUUGAAGAAAGGUCUCUGUGACCCAAACUACAAGGAUGUGGACUGGAAUGACCGGACCCCCCUUCACUGGGCUGCAAUCAAAGGGCAAAUGGAAAUGAUGCACCUCUUGAUAGAACAUGGAGCUAGGCCCUGCCUGGUGACUGAUGUGGGCUGGACCCCAGCUCACUUUGCAGCUGAGUCUGGCCACCUGAAUGUGCUCAAAACUUUGCAUGCCUUACAUGCUGCCAUUGAUGCCCCUGACUUCUUUGGAGACACACCCAAGAGGAUUGCACAGAUCUACGGGCAGAAAACAUGUGUGGCAUUCUUGGAGAAGGCAGAGGUCGAGUGUAGGGAUCACCGCAGUAUUGCUCAGCAGAAGGGGCUGCCACUAGAUCAGCAGGAUGAAGACUGGGACACCAAGAAAUGGGAACUGGAGCAGUCUCUUCCUUCCUCAAGUCAAAACACUAAUAAGAAAAAGAAAAAGAUAAGUCAAGGUCCCAGUUGGCUCAGUAAUUGCAAGGCGAGGAGAAUGUGA